CACCUCCGCUCCCUCGCCGCUCGUCCGCGCGCCCCUCGUACCCGCCCAAGCCGGCGCUCCCCGGCCCCUCGCUGUCACGCGACUGCGCGCCGCCGCCGCACCCUAGGCGCCUCUCCGCCCUCCACCGCUGGCCUGCUCUGCCAGCGCGCCCCUGCUCCUGCCCGCCGCCGCCAUGCGCUCCGCCGCGCCGCUCCUGGCGCUUCUCGUCGCUGCCCUCUCGCAGCGCGCUGCCGCCGCUGCACCGCACACGCCGCGUGGUAUUGCCGCUGCGCCACUGCCGCCGCAGCCCCUCUCGCAGCGCCUCGUCGCGCGCCUCGACGAGUGGGCGAGCGCGCUGCUGCCGGCGCUCGACGACGCCCAGCUGGCCGACGCCGCAUGGGACGCCGACGAGACGGCCGACGGCGGCGGCCUCUUUGGCGGCGACACGAGCCUAGCGUGGGGCGGCAGCACGCUCGAGGUCGUGCGCACGCAGGCAACGUACGUGACGCGCCCGGCGGCCUUCGGCCCGCGCAUCGUGGCCGACGAGGGCCUGCACGGCUCGCUGCUGCCCAUCUCCGACUUUUACCGCCCGCCGCACGGCUCUGCCUCGGCGGCGUGCCCGUACCCUGACGGCCCCGGCUGGCGUGCCGACGACGAGGAUGCGCCGCUGGUGCUGCAGCGCGGCGGCGAGGUGCCUGAGCAGCCGACGCUGAAGCCGCCGCACGACUGGAUUGCGCUGCUCGAGCGCGGCGGCGGCUGCUCGUUCGUCUCCAAGGUCCGCGUCGCGCAGGCGCUCGGCGCCAAGGCCGUCGUCGUGGGCGAUGCGCCGUCGCCCGGCUGGCACCGCAUGCCGGGCAGCGAGGGCGAGGCGGACCCGGGCCUGGCGGGCCGGCUGCUCACGAUGUUCGCGCCCGGCAGCACGGCCGACGUGCACGUGCCGAGCACGUUCAUCACGCGUCCGAGCUACGUCGACCUCAGCAGGCUUGUCGAUGAGCUUGCGCUCGACGUCGAGGCCGGCCGCGCAGAGUGCGAGAGGGUCGGCUCGUGCAAGGACGAGACGCGGGCCAAGGGCCUGGAGAUCGUCCUCGGGCGCGACGACAUCAUGUGGGAGUGGCCUCUCAUCGACCUUGCUCUCCUGCUCCUGCUCCUGCCCUCUUUCAUGACUAUCUUUACGGUCAUUGUUCACCGCAUCCGCAUGGCGCGGCAGCGGCGCAAGGACCGUGCGCCGGAGCUCGUCGUGCUCUCGCUGCCGUGCCUCAUCUGGCGCGGCAACGGGCAGCCGUGGGAGAAGAUCGAGGGCGCAGACACGCUGCCCGUGUCGAGCCGCGGCGACGGCGAGUCGCCUGCGGGAGCCCGGUCGCCUGCCAGCCCGCAGGCCGGCCCGAGCUCGGCCGGCAUGGAGGAGGAGGGCCAGGCUGGGCCGAGCACGCCGCUCAUCACCACGCCUGUGCCGCCACCGAGCGGCAAUCCGAGCCACGCCUUUCUGCCUCCCGGCCGGUCGUACUACAGCUGCGACGAGUGUGCCAUCUGCCUCUCGGACUUUGUCGACGGCGACCGGGUGCGCGUGCUGCCGUGCGGGCACAUCUUCCACCGCAACGAGAUCGACGACUGGCUGGUGCGCAUCCGCAAGGUCUGCCCGAUCUGCAAGCGCGACGUGACCGUGCCCAUCCCGCCCUCGGUGCCCGCCGCACUUGCGGGGCCUGCUGGCGACGCACCCGACGUGCCGGCUGCGUCGCCGUCUGCUGCUGCGCCUGUUGUGGUAGCCUCUGCGGACACCGAGGCGAGCGCUGCUGGAGCGAGUGAGGAAGCAGCUGCCGCGCCCGGCGCCUCGGCCGACGCCGACGAGGCACACGGCGCGUCGGAGCGCAGCCCGCUGCUGCCGCGCAGCUGAUGCUGAACCGCCACGCUCGACGCCCUCACGACCUCCUCGCAUGACCUGUACCCAGACUGUCCGUCCCGCGCCCCUGUUGUACUCCAGCACGUCCCUCUCAGGCCCACCUGUCUAUCCGAGCUGUGUGGCCCG